CUUCAACAUUUAUUUAAUGACAUUGAAUCAUAGAAAACAGGACAAACAAUUUUCAAAAGCAAAUUUGAUAAAAUAUUUCAUUUGGAUGCUGUUCAUUCAGCAGUGGACUGAAAUACUGAAAUUAGGGAAACGCUGUGGGAGGAUGAUUGGUAUACAUAGCUCAUUAUAUAUCUUCUGUUUAGGCGUGUAGAAGCAAACAGACGGUUGUUUAUAUCAAAUAAAUAUCAUGUUUAAUUCACGUUUGGUGGUUGAUCCCUCUGAUGGAACAUCAAAAAGUUUUUCAGUUCCAGUUGUUCAGGAAUUGGCAUAUCAGAACCUUCACAGCCUUCCUGAAAGGUAUAUCAGAUCAGAGAAAGAGCGCCCAAAUAACUCUAUCCCUUAUCAAUCGGAUAUCCCCAUAAUUGAUAUGGACAUGUUUUUGAGAGAUUCGGAUCUCUGCAGACAAAAGGAAUUGGAAAAACUUGGUGCUGCAUGCCAGCAAUGGGGAUUUUUUCAAGUUGUGAAUCAUGGAAUUCCUCUGUCUCUGUUGGAAAGAAUGAAGGGCAUUUUCAGGGAAUUCAUUCAACUACCCUUGGAAGAAAAGCUCAAGUACAAAGUGCAAGAGUCUGAAGGCUAUGGUCAGAUGUUUGUAGCCUCAGAUGAUCAAACACUUGACUGGGCAGAUGUAUUGUACUUGGCAACACUACCUCCAGAAAAUAGGAAAAUGAAUUUUUGGCCAACAAAACCAAGAGAUUUCAGAGAAACCUUGGAUCGAUAUGCUGUUGAAAUUCAAAAGCUUGACAACACAGUUCUUUCCCUUUUAUCAGAGAAUUUGGGGCUAAAACCAGACUGUUUCAUUAACAUAUUUGGGAAAAUGUCACUGUCAACACGAAUGAAUUACUACCCACCCUGCCCAAGACCAGAUCUGGUUUUAGGCUUAAGCCCUCAUUCAGAUGCAACUGGUUUGACAGUGUUGCUGCAGGAUGAUGAAACGGUAGGGCUACAUAUCUGUAAGGAUGGUGAAUGGAUUCCUGUUCAACCCAUCCCCGGUGCCCUGGUUAUCAAUAUUGGGGACAUGCUUGAGGUAAUAAGCAAUGGAAUAUUUAAUAGCAUUGAGCAUAGAGCGGUCACAAACAUGGACAGUGAUCGGAUCUCCAUUGCCAUGUUUUGUGCUCCAAGCGGGGAAACAGAAGUGGGUCCUGCUCCUGAGCUCAUAGAUGAGUUGCAUCCCUGUAAAUACAGAAAAUUCAUUCGCCAAGAAUAUAUGCAGCAUUACUUUUCUAGCAGACUCGAUGGGAAGGGGAGUCUUGAAUUUGCCAAAAUCAAGUCUUGAAUGUUAUGAUUAAGGGUCGAUUUCCAUUGCACAAUUAAACAAAAUUGAUUUGGUUUUCAAGUUGUGCAGAACUUCAUGCAUAUGGCUGAUGGUGUUGACUGUACAUUAUAUAAUUUUUGUAACUCAUAGCUUUCAUGUUUAUUGAUGUUGUAUUUGUUCAGAAGUCUUUCUUUAUAUAUGCAGCUUUUGGAUCA